AUGGCUGAAUUCGUAACAAAUGCAACAAAUCAUGGUGAAGAAUUUAUAUGUGGUUUAUGUAUGAAAACAUUUAAACUUCAACGUUUACUUAAUCGUCAUUUAAAAAAUCAUAGUCAACUUAAACGAUAUUUAUGUACAUUUUGUGGUAAAGGAUUUAAUGAUACAUUUGAUCUUAAACGACAUACACGAACACAUACAGGUGUUCGUCCAUUUAAAUGUGAUCAAUGUGAAAAAGCAUUUACACAACGUUGUAGUCUUGAAUCUCAUCAACGAAAAGUUCAUGGAUUAAAUCAUAUCUAUGGUUAUAAAAUUCGUCGAAAUAAAUUAUAUGUAUGUGAAGAUUGUGGACAUACUUCAACUGAUCCAGCAAAACAUUAUGAACAUAUAAAAAAUUUUCAUCCAUAUUCACCUCUGAUACAUCGAUAUUAUGAUAAAAGACAAUUUAAAUUUGAUUCAAAUUCAUUAUUAUCAAAUAAAAGUAUAUCAGAUAGAUCGAUUUUAUCUGAUGAAGAUAAUCAUAUUCAAUGA